CUCAACUACACAUCAUGGAGAGAGAUGAACCGCGACAUUUGGACAAGAUUCUCAUCAAGAAUCUGGUUCUUAAGAACGUAACUGGUGUCGACUCGUGGCAACGCUUAAAGUCACAGCCUGUGGUGAUCAAUGUGUGGCUCUAUACGGACAUUACUGCUGCUGGCAAUUCAGAUCACGUUACAAGCUCGAUCCACUAUGGCCAUGUUACCAAAGCCAUUUCCAAGCUGACUGAAACCGGCACCUUCAAGUCGAUAGAAGAAUUAGGUCAUGCGAUUCUGCGUCUCUGCUGUGUCGAUUUCGAUGCCGUACGAACAAUGGUCAAGGUCGAACAACCCAAGGCGCUUUUGCAUGCUGCAGCAGCUGGUGUCCAACUAUCGCGCACCAAACAAGACUUUGAAGGCAUCACUGAUAAGCAGCAACAAACCACGGGCGAUGCAUCUGGUUUGGGCAAGGAUGAUAUUGUCUUUGUCAAGGACUUGCGGCUCUCGACAAUCAUUGGUGUGAACCCAUGGGAACGCGAGGAAAAGCAAGUAGUGGUUGUUAAUCUGACCGUGUACCCAUCCAAACUGUUGGCCGACGAGUCGAGCAAGUCGCACCAUAUGCGUACUAUGGUACGUACUUUGACACGAUAUAUUGAGUCGUCCGGGUACAAGACUGUUGAAGCAUUUGCCGUUGCUCUUGCGCGUAUCGCCAUUGAAAAAUGCCAUGUCAACAAGAUUCGCGUGCGACUGGAAAAACCCAGCGCUAUUUUGUUUGCCGAUGCAUCCGGUAUUGAAGUGACCCGCGAUCGCACAUGGUUGAACCAGGUUUUGGAACAAGAGAGAAAGGCCAACCGCGUGUUUGCUCAUCACCAACAAAGCGACGCUGUCGGCAAAGAAGUACCCGCAACCUAUACGCAAAUCGCCUAUAUUGCGCUUGGCAGCAACGUUGGCGACCGCGUGAAAAACCUGUACACUGCGUUGGACAUGCUCGAGAGUGAUUGUAGUUCUGUAGUCUUGGAUACGAGUUUCUUGUACGAAACACCGCCCAUGUACUACAUCGAGCAACCUGCUUUCUUAAACGCUGUGUGCAAGAUUGCUACCUGCUUGGAGCCCCAGCAGUUGCUGGAACGACUAAAGCACGUCGAAUCAGCACUUGGUCGCGAGGCCAGUUUCCGCAAUGCACCUCGACCUGUCGAUCUCGAUAUCCUGUUUUACAAUGAUCUUGUCAUGGAAACCGAUACAUUGACGAUCCCACACAUCGGUAUCCAGGAGCGUGAGUUUGUUCUCUGGCCCUUGUGCGACAUUGCUAAGGAUAUGGAGCAUCCGAAAUUGUACAAGACGUGCGGCCAGCUUUUGUCGCAAUUGCUCAAGGUCUCUGCCGAAACCGACAGUGGCCCACAGCAGAUUGAUAAAGUGAUUCCUAUCCAGCAGAACCAGUCGUGGAAGUGGAAAACCAAGACGUACAUUAUGGGUAUUCUCAAUACGACGCCAGACAGUUUCUCGGAUGGCGGCAGCUAUGUGGAUGUGGACAAGGCCGUGGCAGCUGCUGAACGCAUGAAAGAAGAAGGCGCAGAUAUCAUUGAUGUCGGUGGCAUGUCGACACGUCCAGGUGCAGACGACCAGUUUCCCGAAGAAGAAGAAAUCAGUCGUGUGGUGCCAGUGAUCAAGAAACUGCGCGAGCGUGGAUUCGAUCUGCCCAUUUCAAUCGAUACCUUCCGUGCUUCUGUGGCUGAAGCUGCUGUUAAAGCUGGCGCUACACUCAUCAACGAUAUCAGCGGUGGUGCACGCGAUCCCAAUAUGCUGUCAGUCAUGGCCAAGACCAAGGUACCCGUGUGCUUGAUGCACAUGCGUGGUGACGCCAAGACCAUGAUGUCCCAGGACAAUGUAAAAUACGAAAACGAUGAUGUGGUGGAAGAUGUUACUCGUCAGCUCCAUACGCUUGUCCAAAACGCAUUGGCAGCCGGUGUGUAUCGGUGGAACCUCAUCAUUGAUCCAGGUUUGGGCUUCGCAAAGACUGCUAAACACGACAUUGAAAUUUUGCGUCGCUUGGGUGAUAUGGUACAAGGCACCGACUCUGUGUUGGAUGGCUUCCCUUCGUUGAUGGGCCCGAGUCGCAAGAAGUUUAUUGGCAACUUGACUGGUGUCCAAGAAGCCGACAAGCGUUCUUUCGGCACUGCGGGUGCAGUUGCGGCUAGCAUUGCGGGCGGCGCGAAUAUUCUUCGUGUGCAUGACGUUCGUCCCAUGUGGGAAGUUACCCAAGUUUGCGAUUCCAUCUGGAGACGAAACUAAAGUAUCUCUUCUAUCUCUCUGGUGUACAUUUCUUACUCUUUCUUAUCAGUUUCACUUACUGCUCUUCUUUUCUCAUUCAAUUGUUUGAUAUUUUCUUGUUCUCUCGCAUGUAUAUAAUUUUCAACAAUUUGUACAAAUUUAAAACUUGUUCAUCACUGCUUCUUUUUAUUCCACUAAUGGUUCAACAGCGUCAAUUUAUAUUAAAACAAAAACACA